CGCCGCGCAGCGCCGCUUGGGCCGGGCCGGGUCGGGCGCGCGUCGGGCCGGGAGUGGAGCGGGGCUGCGUCGAGGGGACCGAGCCGGGCCGGGAGCAGGCACCUCAGCCGCGCCAUCCCCGCCGCCGGGACAUGGAGGGCGUUCGGCCUGGCGGGGGUCCCCCCGCGGGCGGACCGGGUUCAGGCUCGGGGUCCGGCUCCGGCUCUUUCCCGUCGCUCUUCCCGCCGGGACUGCACGGUAUCUACGGCGAGUGCCGCCGCCUCUACCCCGAUCAGCCCAACCCGCUCCAGGUCACCGCCAUCCUCAAGUAUUGGUUGGGAGGACCUGAUCCUCUGGACUAUGUUAGCAUGUACAGAAACCUUGGAAACCCAGCGCUGAAUGUUCCUGAACACUGGCACUACGUCAGCUUUGGCUUAAGUGACUUGUAUGGAGACAACAGAGUACACGAGUUUACUGGAACAGAUGGACCAAGUGGUUUUGGAUUUGAGUUGACGUUUCGACUAAAGAGAGAAACAGGGGAGUCGGCACCACCUACUUGGCCAGCAGAGCUCAUGCAAGGCUUAGCCAGAUACGUCUUCCAGUCAGAAAACACCUUCUGCAGUGGUGACCAUGUAUCAUGGCACAGCCCUUUGGACAACAGUGAAUCUAGAAUCCAGCAUAUGUUACUGACAGAAGAUCCUCAGAUGCAGCCAGUGCAGACUCCUUUUGGGGUCGUUACUUUCCUACAGAUUGUUGGGGUUUGCACUGAGGAACUGCAUGCAGCUCAGCAGUGGAAUGGGCAAGGGAUCUUGGAACUUCUUCGGACUGUCCCAGUAGCUGGAGGCCCCUGGUUGAUAACAGAUAUGCGAAGAGGAGAGACAAUAUUUGAGAUUGACCCACAUUUGCAAGAGAGAGUCGACAAAGGGAUUGAGACAGAUGGAUCAAACCUGAGUGGAGUGAGUGCCAAAUGUGCCUGGGAUGAUCUCAGCCGGCCCCCAGAGGAUGAUGAAGACAGCAGAAGCAUUUGUAUUGGGACCCAGCCACGACGGCUCUCUGGGAAAGAUACGGAGCAAAUCAGGGAGACUUUACGUAGAGGGCUUGAGAUAAACAGCAAACCUGUUCUACCUCCAAUAAAUGCACAAAGACAGAAUGGGCUGAACCAUGACCGAGCACCAAGCCGUAAGGACAGUUUAGAAAGCGAGAGCUCAGCAGCUAUCAUUCCUCAUGAGCUAAUCCGCACGAGGCAGCUGGAGAGCGUACACCUGAAAUUUAACCAGGAGUCUGGAGCUCUCAUUCCCCUGUGUCUCAGGGGGAGGCUCUUGCAUGGACGGCACUUUACAUAUAAAAGUAUUACAGGGGAUACAGCAAUCACAUUUGUAUCGACGGGAGUAGAAGGAGCCUUUGCUACAGAAGAACAUCCUUAUGCAGCACAUGGACCUUGGUUACAAAUCCUAUUGACUGAAGAGUUUGUAGAGAGAAUGCUGGAAGAUUUAGAAGAUCUGAAUUCUCCAGAGGAAUUUAAACUUCCAAAGGAGUACAGCUGGCCUGAAAAGAAACUGAAAGUUUCCAUCUUGCCAGAUGCUGUGUUCGACAACCCGCUGCAUUAGAGCUGAAUUACACCCUUCUAACAACUGGGAGAGCCAAGUUACUGUCCAUUACCCAGUGACUCACAGGAUAAUUAAUGCAGUAAAAACUCUGCCUGCAAAGAAAAGAGUUUGCUGCACAACCACUGCAAACAGAAGAAAAGCUACUCAGCACCAGCCCAGACUGAACUGAGCCCUUUCCUUUAUCCUUCCCAAGGCUGAGCUCUCUGGGAACAGCCUGCGUAUGUGUGAGUGCGAGUGAGAAAUAUUUAACUAUGAAAAUUAGCAGUAAGAAUCCUUUCUCUCUCCUAGCUACAGAUCUCCCCUCUGCCUUAGCCCAGGGUGUAGACGCUCUGCACGCCUGUAUUUACACAUGCGUUUCUGCCAGGUGCGAGCCUAUAAUCCAUGGAUUAAAUGUUCUUUACGUGACUCUGGAGUCCUUUUGUUAGCCAAACUUUUACUGACUGCAGAACUGUUCUUCCAUGUGCUUUUUUUUUUCAUUUUCAGAAACGGAAUGGUAUUUCCCCUGUUUAAAGGAGGCCAAAAGCUCACAUGCUUGAAGCUGAACAGAUUUAAAGAUGAACUUUCUAGUUCAGUCAAGAAAAACAAACCCAGAUCCUCCCUGCCCUCAAAUUAGGCGUGUUUUAAGUGUUGGUCUUGGUGCUAUUAGCUAUGGUAUCGCUGCAAACAGAGGCAACUUUAUUCUCACGCAUCCUGUCCUUGUGCCUGAACCCCAGGGAAGGUCGCAACCUCUGGUUUUGCACAAGCAGGAGGAAGAAAGCUACCGGGGUGGGGGAGAUCUCCUGUUUACAGUGUGUUUAUCUUUAAAGAGAUACUGUCAAGUAUUUUUUCCUUGCUAUUGUACAGAAUUUGAGAAGCUAGAAAGGAACAUUUGUUCACAGGGACAACUUCAGCAGCUCUGCAGGAUCCAGAGGGCUGCUUGAAAGCAUAUAAAAGGGAGAUCUCCACUGCCCUGGCAUAGACGAGAGACUCAGCCAUGAUAAAACCAACUAUUUUCCCUGUUCCAGCAGAGUUGUGCCCUAGCACAGCCCCAUUUUUCCCCUCUAGCUUCGCUGUGGUGACUCUCGUUUCUGAAGUCCCUCCUUUCAGAUAGUUUUGAACUGUAACACAUCAAAAUCACUUUGAAAAGACCAUGUUUCCAGAUCCCUGUAGCUUCCUCAUCGGAGCAAAACUUGAUGUGUGGACGAGGCGAUCUCUGCAGGGUCGGGUUGUGUCUCUGCAUCGAUACUCUGCAGCAAACCACCUCAGGCUUCACCCCCUGCUGCUGUUGCAGGUUGUUUCUGAUGCAUAUUCCCUGCCUUCCUCUGCCCAUUGUCUUUGGUGACAACUCUUCACUCCUUGUCAGGGAGGUGCAGCUUUCUUUCCACCCCUUUCUGCCUACAAGCUAACUUGAUGAUUUAUGCGCAAUUCAGUACGAUCUAAUACAAGUAUCACAAAAGCUUUAACACUUAGUUCCCCUGAUCAAACAACAGAGUCCAGGAGGCCUUGCAGUACCCCAGGGUUGGUUUUCUGUUUGUUUUUUGAUUUAAUUUCUUCCUGGAGCAAUCAGCUUUGAUGUUUUUUUGCGUAUAUUUGAGGCUGGUUAAUGUUGGUCAAGAAGCAGAGCUGGGAGUCACAAAGCUUUCCUUGGACUUGCUACAGAAUUCCUCUGUGGCCCCAGGCAAGUCACUCAGUGUCUCUCUCUGCAGAGAGGGUGAUUAUUGACUAGAGAGCUGUAGGACCUACCGAAGCAUGCCAGGGUUUGCAGGGUAGGGCGUGCUUUGUGUACAAAGUAGUAUUUGUAUUAUUAUGAUUGUUGUUAUAUUAUAAUUUAAGGCAGGCCAAAUGCAGGGUCCAACACAGCUCGACAGAACCUUCCUUUCUGCAAAGCUACGAAAGCAAUUUACAUGUAAAUGAGUUUGUCAUUUUGUCUGAACUCAGAGGAUCAUCUUGAAAUCCUGCUGUGAAAGAACAAACUUUUGGAUAUCUGCAUGUGCCAGCCAGAGUGAUUUUUGUGCUGUGGCAGACUGCAUUCAUCCCUGGGAUCUCUUGGCCAAUUUUCAUUGUCCUGGGUAGCACUAAACAUCCCCUCUGCACUGUAGAUGCAUAUGCAGGGGACAGCAUGAGUGAGAAAUCAGCACGAAAAUCUAUGGUUCCAGCUUCAAAAAUGAUGUGCUCAAGUGUCCUGCCACAAGAUAAUGAACAAGCAGACGAUUGUGGCAGUCAGGAAAAAGGCAAGGGCAGCAUUGCAAUUCUGUCCCAAAGCCAUCCUCCAACAGUAGCCCAUGGACUGCUCUUGUAUGAGCUUGGUGGGGGUUCCUGCAGCAGAGCUGGCCUGCUGCCACGAUGCUGGCUGCUCUUCCUUGUUUCCAGAUGCUGGCUCUCAUUAAAAGGAGCUUAAAAUCCACAUCUUAGUGGAGAAGGGACAUUCGGAAGGUCAAUUGUUGCUGUUCUUGCAGAGAUCAGCACGGGGCAGAGUAAAGUCCAUCAGACCCUCUCUGGGCUCUGACACACAUCUGGAAAGCUUAGGACCUCCUGCCCUAUGAACUCCUUGAGCCUUCACAGUGAGGAUGUGGUUCUGUGUGCAGGGAAAGGGCGUCCUCCAAGCUGGCUUGUGCUCCAGUUCUGCCUUUCUUAUGUGUAUGUUUUCCUCACCAUAUUUACUCUUCAUCUGACGCUCUGAGUUGGUUUUUCAUUGACUUCAGAGGGAGCACACUGAAGGCAUUUGAAAACCCACUCAGUAUCCUUAUGUGAGUGUAUUUUUGUUCCAUGUCAUGUAUUUAUAUAUAGUUGUAUUUCAGUUAUGAACAGGUGGCAUGCCAGAAAUCUUUAUCUCUGAGAGAGACACUUUCUCAUAGAUCUUUGCUGGUAGCCAGAUAACAAUUAAGGGGAAGGUUUGAAGGGAAGGAAAUUAAAUCCUCCUAUUUAGUUAAAGGGGGAAAUAUUAGACAAAUAACUCCUAAAAGAGGUAUCUCCAUCUUCUUGUCAGACCAACUACAAGAGAGAAACUUGAGUUUCAAGUUCAUGUCACUGCCUCCAAACAGUUACCCAUGAAUAAGAAAGUUGUAUGUUACUCAGCAUCAUGAAGAUCUGUGCACCCACAGGACCUCCCCUCCCCUGAUUCACAUCAAGCUUGCAACUGUGCCAGAGGCUUACUCAUUGGCGAGUAAAUGAGAUCUCCAGUUUGGAUAUUUUCAUCUUGGGGAAAGAGGAUAUGCCUAUGUGUAAAGGGAAUGGAAAAUAAGCCUUUGUAUUUUAGUGAGCAAUUAGUUUGAAAAAGGGAAGUGCAUCAGAGUUAAUAAAGGCUGUGGUAUUUUUCUAGCCAAAAUCUGCUGAGAUGGUAGGUCCACUGGUUCUGAUUUUUCCUAGAUUGCGUAGAAGGUCUGAAGCAGCAUUGUAUGGAUGCAUUUUAGAAGCAGCAAGUUCAGGUUUUCUCCCUCCUGGAGAAGUCUUGUCAUGGUUAACAGGGAUAUUUCCAAAGAUGAGGAGCCUUAUGGCUUAGAUAGGUGGUGCCUGCUGUGUAUACUGUCUUUGAGGAUGGUGAUGUAUUGGUUUUAAUGUACAUAGAUUCACCAACAGUUAUUUGAAAUUAUAUUCCGAACCCCUUCAGAUAUUCAGUUGCUCUUGAAUGGCUUUAAAAAUAACACUGUCAGGUCAUCAAAUGGUCAUUGAAGAAGUGGGGGUUGGUGUUGUUUGUUUUUUAUUUGCAAGCAAUAGAAAUAUUUAGGGGGUGUAAAAAAAAAAACAACAAAAAAACCAACAGUUGAAAGCAAUGUUUGGCUUGGAGGGGGCAGAUUGCUGGGGAGAGGUUGCAUGGUGGGCGAGCAGGUGAGCAGCCUCCCUCCUGCACUCACAGUUCAGGCUUGUUCCAGGCAGCACACUCCUUAUGGAUCUUGGGCACUGCAAGGGGAGCUAGAAACCAAAGUGAGAAUCAUCAAGGCCUCAGCACAACAUGGCAGGCAAGUCCUCAUUUCCAAGCUAGGACCUACUGCAGACCUGCAUGGGUGCAAGCAGCCAGCCAUGCACAUCCCACUGCCUGUUCACACUGGCUUGUACCCGGUGCUGAUUGUAGAGACUGCAAAUGGCUGCCUGAGCUGCGUCUGAGUUUGAGUCAAAGAUGGGGAGUGGCAAUGUAGCUGCUUUGGUCUCAUUUGUUAUUCCAAUUAGUGUGGGGUGAAGAGUGGAGCUUGUGCUCGGCUGCCCCUCGUGAGAACCUCCAGGCUGAUCACUGAGCGAGCUUUAUUGCUCACCCACUAUCCAUUCCCUUUGUUAAAUGUUCCCCCAGCUCCCCACAAAAACCUUUCUCAGAUGCUUCACUGGAAAAUAUUUGGCUGACUGCGUGCUUUGCAGGAUACUGGGUUAGAGGACAGGUUGGCAUGGGAUCAUGGCUACUCAGCUGUUUAUCUGUCCUGAUGAUUACUCCCCCCUCCUAGCUGGGCAUUAAGAAUCCAAGAUCCACUUUGCCAGCUUUUAUCUGGCUGGUGUAAGGCGGUGUCAUGUCAGGUGGUGAGAAGAGACCCCCAAACCUUUAAGCCAGAGGAAGCCCUUAGACCAAUGAGUCUGAUUUUCCCCCACCCAGAGCAUGGCCUGGCACCAUGCAGCUCUGCUGUAUGAAGACGUGGGCUUUAGCCCUCUACUAUCACAGCCAGCUGAAUAGAGGGUCCAGCAACACAAGAGCCUUUCCACUUCCUGAGGACCUGGUCCUCUACAUGGCGGCCCUACAUUUUGAAUUUAUAUUGUGCCUUAAUUCUUAUGAUUGAAGCUGCAAGGGCAGAUGAAUAGUCAAGCAACCAGGAGUCCCUUUCUGUGCAUCUGUCCCUAUUGAUAAACGCCAUCCUGCGCAGCCACCAGCCUGCAUCCAGAACAGUCUCAAGAUGCACAUUUGCCAGUUGGGUUCACCUCUCAAGAUUUUAAAGGGGGGGGUUAGGUUUCUGGGACCAUGUUUACUGGGCAGUGUUUAAUGAGCUCUGUAGCAACCUACUAUUUUUAUAUUUUUCUGUUGUGUAGUGUCUGCUUGUCCUCUUUUCUUAAAAAAAAAAACCAAACAAAACCUUGUGUUUCACAUGAGUCUGAAAUUUCAAAUAGAGAAUAAGCCUGAGGUUGCAAAUGUGUUUUAAACCCAGCCCUAUGUUGACCUAUCUCUCUCAGACCAUGAACCUGUCAUGUAUCUUGCUUCACCACUUUAUUUCUACCAUGAUUCCAUUUCCCCUAAAAUCGCUGACAGACCACAAAAUCAUCAUAAGUGGCACACCAGUUCAGAAAUAUAAUUUCUUGUCCGCCAUGAAGGCAGCCCCUUCCCUCUCUCCUCCCAAAAGACCAGGGCAUUAUUCACUGUUCAGCUCAUAGAUCCCCAAUGGCAGAAGAGGAACAUCUGCCCAAACAGGGCAGCACGUGGCAGAUGUGGCUGGCCUGGUUGUUUUUAAACUGUCCUCAUGCUAUGUGUCUCCUCUUUAGAAAGAGGAAGAGAGAGAGAAAAAAAGAGAGAAAAAAACAACUCAAAAAGCUGUAGGAAAAUUUCCUGCCGAUUGUUGUGCUUUGCAAACACUGGUCUUUUCUCUCACCCUCUCCCUCUGCUCCCGGCAAGGCUGGAGAUGAAAAUGGCUCCUUUGUUCCUUUCCCUGGGGCCCAACUGCAGCGAAAGUGCAGCUCCGGAAACCCUCCGCCGCACGAGCAGCGAGGGUGGGAGGGACUGAGCUGUCACCGUGUGUGGUAGGUCCUACAUAAACACGACAUGUGUUGACAAUGCCGCGGGCAGGAUGGGCGCAGGACGACUUUGUGGUGCUGGCGACGAAGCUCCUGCGCCUUUUCUCCUGUGGCAGCAAGUGGGCUAUGAAGUCCUUGGGGGUCAGAGGAGGGGGAGGUGGGUGUGAGUGGCUGUGUCAUCCUGCAGUGACUGAUCAUGAGCUGGGGGGCUCCAGACCCUUUUGUUCUCGACUUUUGGCGUUACCCAAGGCAGCAAUUAGCAGCCCUGUGGAAAGAGAUGGCACCCUGCUGGGUGCUUGUUUUGAUGCCCUGGCCCUUGUGCUGGGGUGCUUCUUGCACCCAUACAGACCUUUGAGUCCUGGUGCUCCAUGUUUGGCCACGGUCACACUUCUGACCCAAGUAUUCAAACCCAGAUUGAAAACCCUUCUCCCUUCAAGCCCAAGCUGUACAUUUUGGCUUUUCCCUUUUUAAAGGGAUGGGGGUUUUGCCGCUCGCCGAAGGUUCUACUCGUUUUGUAUGCUGGAUGGUUUCUGCAAAACCUAGAGCAAGGGUGAGCUUCCCAGGAUGGGGGACACGUGGGGCAACGGGGACCACAGCAAACCCUGAUCACAGGGGCUGCUCUCGCAGCCUGGGGGUGAACCUUUCUGUAGUUCAGCCGUGUGCGAGUGCGAGUGCGUGUGGUCUGCAGGUGCGGGCUCAUGUCAAGCGAGGAGCCCUAGGACACUACCCAUGUAGGCUGGAGGGAGCCCCAGCUUCUGCAGCCGGUGUAUCAGUACUUUGUAGAUGGCCUUUCUUCCCCGUCCCCUCCUCCUUUUUUUAUAAAAGACAAAAAACAAAUGGAAAGCUAAACUAGCAGAGGUUUUUAAAUAUUUUAUAUUAGUUUCUAAUGUAAAUUCUUACAUUGUUAUUGCAGUGCUGGGCAUGUUUCCCCUGCACAUGACUUUUUGUAAUAUUUUUGUGAAUCACUAAAUGUUU